GGCGCGCCUGCCCGGGGAUUUUGCAGCGUUUCUGCAAAAAUUGUGGAUUUUGCAAAGAAGCAAACGAAGGGAAGGAAGGAAGGAAAGAAGGAGGAGGGGGCUCGGAUGCAGAAGUCGGAGCAAAGCCAAUCAGGGCCGGAUCCGUUCACGGCAAAGACGCUCAGGAAGAGCAAGCAGACCCACAAAGAUCCCCGGCCCCCCCGGAAUCCAGCCAUGGAGACCCACUUGGGGAGCCUUCCUCCGCUCCUCUCUCAGAAUUCUCUCUCCGCCCGUUUCAAGAACUUGGGGGUCAGUCCGGCCAAGAAAGGCCCCUCCCUCUACAAAAGCCUGGCGCUUCCAAAGUCGUCUCAGCGUCCGAACGGGUCCCAAUGGGUCAAACGGCACGUCAUGCCGGAAGCCAAGGACGGUCAAGAUGACCCCCAGAACCCCGUCGACUACUCCGAGAUGCCGGCUUUGGAGCUCGUGACCCACAAAGGACUCGAAUCGGACGGCGGUGCCGCCGCCCAGGCCACGCCCCCUUUGGAGCCGAAGGUCCUGCACGCCGUUCCUUUCGAAAUGAGGAGCCUGUUCCUGCUCCAGAUGCUGAAGGCCUGCUUCCGGGAGGCCAGCUGGCUGCUCUCGGUCUCCAGAGCGUCCGGCCCCGCGGCCGUGUUGGUGACCGGCUCCUUCCCGCAGGCCCCCUUCUUCUGGGGCAUCCGCAUCACCAAGGAGUGCCACCCGAGGAUGGAGAAGCUGUUCCGGGCGUUGGUGGAGGCCGAGUCCCGGGCGCCCUUGCUGACCCCCGACAAGAAGGCCCCCCUCGGAAGCGGAGGGGGAGGGGGGCCGCGCUGCCUGGCCCCGUGCCUCAUCGGGGAGGAGGGCACCGCAUGGAACCGGGCCUGGAUUGUGGAGCGGGUGGACGACCUGGCCGUGGUGUUCUUUGUGGACUUUGGCCAACUGGCCACCCUGCCGCUGACCUCUCUGCGGAAGCUGGAGGAGGACGAGUGGUGGUCCAUCGGCCCCUUGGCCCAGCCCUUCGUGCUCCAAGGGGAAGUUUUCCCACCUGAAGUCAUGAUGAGGCGGAUUUUGAGAGGGACACUGGACGGUCCUCUGGAAAGGGAGCCCCACAUCUUGCAGUUCACCCUCCGAGGAGGCUUUGGAGAAGAGAUUCAGAAGGACGGUGGCGAGGAGGCAGCCCCAAAGAGCAAUGGCGACGCGCAUCCUCCUCCUCCUCCGCAGGACGUUUAGAUGCUUACGGGGGGGGGGGGGGCGU